UGUCCGGAGCGAUGACCAACGAUGACAGUAAAUGAACGUGGAUGCAAGUGUUCUGGUAUCUUAUUUGACGAAUAUCUGAAAGGUUGGUGCCGGCAUUAGUACAAGAAUCAUGAUUUUCCCACGAGAUAACUCAAUUCUUGAGGCUUUGAGUUAAUUUAAUUAGAAAGAUGAAGAAUCUGCACUGCAUCAGUGCAUCAAAUCUCUUGCUACAAAGUUGUUGUUUCUAUAAUAUUUUACGUAAUGACUCCUGCAAUAUAACUGCGUAUUGCAGCCUCUUUGUGUAGGAUAUUUGAAAUGUUUAUGCGUAAGACAAUGAUGACUCUUAUUAGGCAUUUGGCAAUCUAAAAGAGUCCAGCUAUGGCUGAAGGUGGAACAGAGCCAAAAUCUAUUGAUGGCCAGAUUUCGAGAGGUCAGUUAGAAAUAAAUGAAUGCCUUGGUAACUGGUUAACGUACUUACAGACACUUAAUGGCCUAUGUACAGCUGGUACUAAAUUGGCUCAGUCCCUGCAAGCACUUCUUUCUGUGCACGAUACAGUGGCACAAUGUCGUCUGACAGGUCAAUGUUUAGCUGGAUGGGAAGAGUUGACGAGAGCUACACAUAUAGCCAGUAGUACCGUUAAGAAUCAUGUAAUCACUGCUCUGAGGGAUCAUGAAUCUCGUGACAAUGAUGGGGACAAACAUGAUAUUCUCAGAGAAAAUCUCUUGACGUUCAUAAACUUGCAAUAUCAGUUCUGCGUAGCUUGUUGCGAAUGCUUAGGUGGUAUGGCAGAAUGUUCUUGCUCUCAAAAUGGCAGCGGCGAUUGCGAUAUCGCCGCGUUACAGCAAUGCUUCGAGCGUCUUUAUAGUUCACCAAUACCACCGAUUUCUUCCUCGUCCACCCAACAUUCGGUGCAAAAUUAUCGGAGGUCUCCCUUGCCGUAUUCGUUGUUUCCUCUGCAGGUUCAGAGAAGAUGGUCGGAAACGGCGGCGGCAGAAAUGUCAGGCGAAUCUGUCGAGAGCACGAUGAGGCGUUGGUCGAUGCCCUGGGACUGCAAGCACGUCAUAGAAUGGCCGCGUCAGGACGCGAGAUCGCGAUUAAGGGUGCCGCAGCAGGAUCGCAGCAGAUCGACCACGCCUGAUUCGGUGUGGAAAAUGUCCACGAUGGCUAGUCAAGACGGUCUGCAGGAAGCCAUUCAAUUGCUAUCUUGCAAACCAGGAGUUCGGUCGUCCAAUCAGCUCUCGGCUUAUACUAGUCAGCAUAUCCCGGGUGUCACCUUGACGACCUGCAACUUCGAUUCGAAUUACGACUCCGCUAUCUGGUCGAGAUCGCAUAGAAUAGGCUCUCCCAGAUGCUGGCCUCAGGAUUCUAGCGAUUAUUCUGAUCAAUCUGGAUAUCGCGAUAGCGAUCACAGUGUUCACAGCGGUGAACAUAGGGAUUCGGAACAGAGCGGUACCAGUGGCAGUCACGGCGAUAGCAAGGAUAGCAUUCACUCGCAUUGCGAUCAUAGGGAAACGGAAACUGGUACAGCGGACACAUUGCCAUCCCGCAAGAGCAGCUCGUCAACCGAUUCCUGCCUCUCGGCGCACAGCCGAUCGGGUUCGGAAAGCGCUGGUGGCGGGGUAAAUAAACGAGAUCAGUUGUAUUCUGAUUGUUAGUGAACUUAAGUUUAUUAAGCCGAUAUCUUUUCUUUGAGAUAUAUACGAGAGAAAAAAAAAAGUUCGUACACCGACAUUUUUGCACGCCGAACUUUGACUUGGCGCGACUUACAAUAAUCGAUAAAUAUUCUAGAUAUAUACACGAGAAAUUUUUGAAGAUUUAAACAAAACGUAAUGUUAUAAGAGGAUAUAUAUAUUUAAAAAUGUAUAUGCAGUUGAAAGAAAUGAUGGCGUACGAAUUACUUUUAUGUAUACGACUAUACCCUUCUAUUUACACUGUCCUGAUAUAUUAUACAACGCUUUCUUCGAAGCAAAAAUUAAAGUAAAAGGCUCUGA